AUGUCCACGCAGACAGGAUGCGGGACAGGCUGUGUCACAUGCAAGACUAUCAGCAAGGAGCAGGAUGACUUUGAACCUGAGACAGAGCUAUAUGGACCAGAAUAUGACGUGAACAAGGUGGAGAUCUCCCAGGAGGCUGUGGUUUUCCAGGCCUCUUUCUCUUCCUCCCCCACCAUGGACAGUAUCCUGGAGGAGGCCCACUCCAUGCGCCAGGAGAUCUCCCUACUCCACCUGGAGGUGGAGCAUCUGGUCGAGCACAAUGAGCGCAUCGGCACCACAGUCCGCAGCCUGACCAUCAUCAAGCAUGACUCCAACUCCAUCGCCAGGGGAUUCCACCAGCAUGGCGAAGCCCUGUACAUCAGACUCCAGGCCCUGGGGGCGCAGAGCUGUGAGCUGGAGGAGAAACACGGAACCAAGGCCACCGUGGCCCACAUCGCCCACAGCCAGCAUGCCAACCUCACCCGGGCCUUCCAUGCCACCAUAGCAGGAUACAACCAGGUAGAGGAGGCCCAAAGAGAAAUGUGCCGCUCACGCCUCCAGAGACAGGCCUCCAUCAUAGAAAAUGGGGGUGAGGGCUGGGGGGAGCUGUCCCAGAGCCUGCAGACCGAGGGGCAUUCAUCCCGCUGGGCACUGUGUGGGAUAAAAGGAAGGCAUAAGGAGUUGGUAGAGUUAGAGGCCAGGCUAAGGGAGGUGCAUGAUCUGUUUCAGCAGAUGGCCAUGUUGGUAGAGGAGCAGGGGACCAUGCUAAACAACAUUGAGGCCAAUGUGUGCGGCACCGACGAGUACAUCGGCAGGGUCAACGUGGAGAUGAAGAGGGCGUUACAGUACAAGAGGAAGAACCCCUUUCAGCAGUGCUGCCCCUGUCUACCCUGCUGGAGACCUACUUUGUAG